GGAGACUCCCCAAACACCCAUCCAUCCCUCUGUGGGCACCACCACCUCCACACAAACACACACAGGCAGACAUGGCCCAAACCGGAGCACAAAGUUUCCCCGAAAUAGUGGAGCUCAACGUGGGUGGACAGGUGUACGUGACCCGGCUGGAAACCCUCACGUCGGUCCCCAACUCUCUGCUGUGGACCCGGUUUACGGAGGGCUCCCCGGAGGAUCUGCCCAAAGACGGGAAAGGCCGCUUCUUCUUCGACCGGGACGGCUUUCUUUUCCGGUACAUCCUGGACUACUUGCGGGACUCGGAGCUUUUUCUUCCAGAGUUUUUUAAAGAAAGAAGGAGGCUGCAGAGGGAGGCGGACUACUUCAGACUGCCGGAGCUGUCGAGGCGCCUGGCCGGGGACAGUAAAGACAACUCGUCCUGUACGGAAGACAGUGGAGCGGAGGAGGCAGAGCUCAGCAGCCCGGCCACCUCCACCUCCACCUCCACCUCUGACCGGGCCCUGCGCUCCCCGGGGGCCGGCGCGGGGUACGUCACCGUCGGAUACAGAGGCAGCUACACUAUCGGGAGAGACAUCCAGGCAGACGCCAAAUUCCGACGAGUGGCCAGAAUAACCGUGUGCAGCAAGAUUUCACUGGCGAAAGAGGUGUUUGGAGACACCCUGAAUGAGAGCCGAGACCCGGACCGACCCCCGGACAAGUACACCUCCAGGUACUACCUAAAGUACAACUUCCUGGAGCAGGCGUUUGACCGACUGGCCGAGGCUGGCUUCCACAUGGUGGCCUGCAACUCCACCGGGACCUGCUCAUAUGGCAGCAGUGACCCGGGGGAAGACAAACUGUGGACCAGCUACACCGAGUAUGUGUUCAGCCGAUGAGACCUGCACUCUGGGGGGGUGAGGGGGGUUCACAGGGAAGCAACAAGUCAAACAGUGUAUUUUCAUAUAUGACACUAGUCGCUUUACCAUUGACCCUUAAACUGCACAAAUAUAACUUACGCUUAAAAAUUUACCUAAUGGAAAAACGAUAAUUUUGCCAAAAGUCUCAUUUUUCGAUUAAAAGUUUUUGCGUUGGCAAGAGGUGGCUUUUCGGGCAUAGCACAAAUGAUAUAUUACACAAAACUGCAAUGGAAAGACCUUUUCUGCAACUAGUCAGGUGAAAAAAACGGAUGUUACAACAAGCGAAGAAGAAACAUGUCGCGAUAUGAGUGGAUGCAUCAGGAAACUCAAAACCUAAUUUAGUAUGAGAUAGAGGGGUAAUAUAUAAUGAUAAUAAUAAUAAUGAAUAUAUCUGUAAAUCACCAUAUUUAAGUUCGUCGCCAUGUUUCUGGAAUGACUUCUCGGCUCAUCUCGCGAUAAUAAAUAAACAAACAAAUCAUCCCAUUUAUGAUUUAAUGGAAAAACGAACAUUAUGCACUUCUGUUUUUUCAACAUUUAGUAACUAUCUGUAAAGUUUUGCGCAGAUGUCCAAUGGAAAAGCGACUACUGACAGCACAGUCUUAAAUUUGUUGUUGUUUUUAUUCCUACUCUAAUUUACUGUCUUCUGUGGCUUUAGGCUGCAGGCAGAAUAAACUUUUCUGCCAUUUUCUCCUCUCAUAUCUAGGAGGAGGAGGAGGAGGACUUUCUUUUAACAUUUAUCUCAUUGGUUAGUGAACAGCAAAGACAAAAUGUCUUGUCUGAUAUGUCACUGGGUCCUAGCUUGGUUAUUUUUAUGGCCCUAUCGGCCCCAUAACCUUUACAAUGUUCACAAAGACUGUUUUGUUUUCAGAUGGGUGACAGCAGCAGUUACUCAGAAUAAUGUCUCGGAGCUGGUUUCUUUGAUUCUUAUCUGUAUGCAUACACUUACUGGUGUCAGUAAUGUGAGACCAGAACAUUAACUACGACAUUUGAAGGCUACUGUUUAUAUAUAGCCUUCUGUCUUUUGGUCCUUAUUUUUGUAAGUUCUCUAAUUAUAGGGUUGAGUAAAACAGACUAUGAAUUACUUCUUCGUACUAUGUGUUUUCAUUUAAUUGGAUUAUACUGAGCACACAUGCUGUUUCACUGCUAUCAAGAUUACACAUUUCCUUUUUUCUUUUUUUUUUUUUUUUUUUUUUUACACUUUUUAUGUUAUGUACCAUCUAUACGCUAAUGUCAUUGUUUCUCUUCAUAAUUAAUCUAUUGCAAAUAAAGUGUGACACUGAAACACUA